GUUUUGGGUUAAGUACAAACCUGAUGGUUCUCUUGACAAGUACAAAGCCUGGCUCAUUGCCCAGGGCUUUCAUCAGCGUCCUGGUGUGGACUAUAAGGAGACGUUUAGUCCAAUAGUAAAGCCAAACUAUGAUCCGGUUGGUUCUUUCACUUGCUCUCUCAUGGUCCUGGCCAAUUCGACAGUUAGAUGUGAAUAAUGCAUUUCUCCAUGGUGACUUGUUUGAAGAUGUCUAUAUGUAGCAGCCAAAAGGGUAUGAGCAGGGUGAUAGCUCCAUGGUGUGCAAGUUGACUAAGGCGUUCUAUGGUCUCAAGCAGGCUCCUCGAGCCUGGUACACUAAGCUUAUGGGGGUGUUGCAGGCACUUGGUUUCUCUCCUACCCGAUCUGAUUCCUCUUUGUUGACUCAUUUCUUCCCUACCUCUACCAUUUUUAUCUUGAUAUAUGUUGAUGACAUUAUCAUCAUUGGUAGUUCACAGUCCAAAAUUAAUAGUGUCAUUAGUCAACUUGACUCUCAAUUUUUCUUGAAUCAUAUGGGAGCCUUGCAUUAUUUUCUUGGAAUUCAGGUCACUCGCUCGGCUGAAGGGUGCAUCUUCCUUAAUCAAGGGAAAUAUGUCCAGGAUGUGCUUGUCAAAGUAGGGAUGGCUGAUUGCAAGUCAUGUGCCACUCCAGUUCCAUCUACCCUCAAACUUUCGGCCACUAACAGUCCAUCCUUUGAUGAUCCCUCCUUGUAUAGAACUGUUGUGGACAUCUUGCAAUAUCUCACAGUGACACGGCUUGAGAUUGCUUACUGUGUCAAUAAGGUUUGCCAAUUCAUGCACGCCCCAACUAAGGAGCAUUGGUGAGCGGUCAAACACAUUUUGAGGUAUUUAGGGGGCAUUACUGACUAUGGUUUGCACUUGCAAAAAGCUGGUCCUUUGUCUCUCACUGCUUACAGUGAUUCCGAUUGGGGAAGUGAUCCAGAUGAUCGCAAAUCCACCAGUGGUAUGUGUGUGUUUCUUGGCAAUAAUUUCAUCUCUUGGACUUCGAAGAAGCAGUCCCUGGUGGCCCGUUUUAGUACCGAGGCUGAGUAUCGAUCCCUUGUCUUAGCUGUUGUCGAACUCAUCUGGCUAAAGGAAUCUGUUGGCAGAGCUUCGGGUCUUGUUGCCAAGCGUCCCUAAGAUCUACUGUGAUAAUAUGAGUGCAGCUUUGCUAGCUACAAAUCCCAUUCUUCAUUCAAAGUCCAAGCACUUUAGCUUGAUUUCCAUUUUGUUAGAGAUUUUGUCAUCAAGGGUGUGCUCCAAGUUCAUCAUAUUCCUGGUACUACUAAAUUGGCGAAUGUCUUGACCAAAGUUGUCCCGUCUGCUAAGUUUCUAGCUUUUCGCA